AUUUUAAGAGAAACAUGUCAACAUUUUCUCAAUCGUAUCCGAUGAGCGGCGGUGAUGAUCAACACAGUUACAUCCAUAAUUCUACAUACCAGAAAGCAGCCAUGGAUGGGGUUGAGGAAAAGGCAAAACAAUACAUUUUAGAAAAAUUCGAUCUCCUGACUCUGAAUCCCGAUCUUAGUACUUUUAGGAUUGCAGAUUUUGGUUGUUCUAUUGGCCCUAACACGUUUCAUGCUAUUCAAAAUAUUAUUGAUGCUGUAAAACUCAAACACCUUAAAGAAUCCCAAGAAAAUAGUCUUGUGUCCUCUCUCGAGUUCCAAGUUUUCUUCAAUGAUCAAUCCAACAACGACUUCAACACACUCUUUAGAACUCUACCAACUUCCUUUGAACAAGAAUAUCUCUCGGUGGGAGUUCCAGGCUCUUUCUAUGGCCGAGUGUUACCAAAAAAUAGCAUCCACAUAGGAACCACUUCCUGCACGACUCACUGGCUUUCGGGAGUUCCGGAACAAGUCUUUGACAAGAAAUCACCAGCUUGGAACAAAAGUUAUAUCUAUUGUAAUAAUUUGAUAGAAGAAGUUACCAAGGCUUACAAGGACCAGUACACACAAGACAUGAGCCUCUUUCUUAAAGCUAGAGCCGAAGAACUUGUCCCUGGAGGAUUGAUGAUCAUGUUAGGACUAUAUUUGCCCGAUGGUGUGGCCAUGUAUGAGACAUGGCCAGGUAUUGUGAAAGAUACCAUGGGUGAUUGUCUUCAGGAGAUGGCCAAAUUGGGAAUAACAAGUCAUGAAAAGAUCGAAAUGUUCAGCAUGCCCUUGUAUUUUCCUUACUUUAGUGAAGUGAAAGGAGUGAUUGAGGAAAACGAAAGCUUUACAAUUGAGUUGAUGGAGACAGUAAGACAUCCAUUGGAAGCUGCGGAAUUAACCAAUGACUUCAUGAUUUCCACGUAUCGAGCCGUUAUGCCUACAUUUAUAGAAAAACAUUUUGGAAAUGGUAAAGUCGAUGAGCUAUUUAAUCGACUUGCUAAGAAGUUCUCUGAGCACCCGAUCGACUUCGAAAAGUGUAAGAAACAAAUGAUCUAUUAUGUCGUUCUUAAGCGAAAGUGACUAUUGAAAUUAUCCAUAUCCUCAUUGUUAUAUCCUUCACUCUUCCUUUGUGUUAUAUCAGUUAUCAUGAUAGCAAUAUUAAGGAAUGCAUAUAAUGUAAACUAUAAAAUAAAAGACAUCUAUUUUAUUUUUGUGUAA